AUGGGGCUGAACUGCAGAUGGCUUGUCAAUGCUGGCCUGUUGGCCUUGCCCAUCGCCAUCACUCUGGCCGUCCUUUUUGGCCUCCAGGCCGGCCGCGAAGCAGUAGGGAAGCCGCCCUUGUUCGUCGACAAUGGCAUCAAGAGGACGCAGUAUUGCCAAAAGGCCUUUGGUAUACACCCGGAGUCGAGGGGACUGGAGUACACAUUGAAUCCCAAUCAGUGGGGAUGGUCGGAGGGGGAACCUGGAGGGCUGUGCAUAAAUGUCACGUCCUUCAACAACCAAACCUACGCCACCAAAUCCACGGCCCCGGAAUUCUCCGUCACCUGGGAAUACCCGCCCGGCCCGCUCACCCAGCCCGUCCAUGCCUUCCCCAACAUCAAAGUCGAGUCCACCGAGUUCCCCGUCCGGGUGCGGGAUCUGGAGAGCAUCAGUAUCGAUGUCGAGUGGACGUAUGGUGUUGGCAAUCGCACUGCCUCUACUACCGACGAAGAUGAGCUGGCUGAGCACGAGGUCAACACCAACGUCGCCAUCGACAUGUUCCUCGACAGCAACAAAAAGAAGGCCAAAGACAGCACAAAGGCAUCCUACGAACUCAUGGUCUGGUUGGCUGCCAUCGGCCCCGCUACCCAUCCCAUCGGUCUUAAGCAGGGUGCCAUGGCUACUGAGAUCAUCAAUGGUAUCACAUUCUCGCUCUACGUCGGACGGAACAGCCUCAAACAAAACGUCCUCACCUGGGUCGCCUCCGAAACCGUCGAGAAGUUCAACGCCGAUCUCACCCCCCUCGUACAACGGGUCCUGAGCGGGACGGGGUCAUACUACCCCCUGGAUUCAGACUACGUAGGCUACAUGGGCUUGGGGUCGGAGGCCUACCAUUCCAAUACCGCCGUUACCUUCCACGUUCCCCAGCUUGCCAUAGACGUGCAAAGAUCGUCCUGA